AUGCAAGGAACCGUGCAGUUAACGUUUAUUCAUAGCAAAGAAGAUAUUCGAUGGUUGAAUGCGGGAAACGCGGCCAGGCACCGCCACUCGAUCUUCACAGAUGUCGAACGUCAAGACAUGGCCCUCGAGAUUGUCUCUUCUGUGCCCGAUCGGAAUCCCGACCAGGCACUUGCUGACCUAGAAAGGUUGGACUCAGACAUCGGUUGCACGAAACCAUUCUCGCUUGUUAGGGGACCUUUUGGUGCUUUCAGAUUGCCAAAACCACUGCAGCUUGAACCAUCACCUUCCGAUAAGGACGAGCUGCCGCUGUCCCUCAGUGACUGUUUCGAGCAGCUUGAGGAACUGCCAACAGAGGAAGACUUUAACCGGACUGCGUUCAGUCUAGACGCCUUAGAUGCUCUGAAUGCAGAGUACAAUGACGAUUUGACGCUAGAAGGGCCGAGUCUAGAGCUGCUUCAGAGCAUUAUAACGAACUUCCACCAGCCGAGCCUACAAGCAGAGGUCAAUCCCUAUCUAUCCGUGGGCAAUGUCGAGGGGUGGAGUCUCCUAUCUCAUUAUAAAGACCGAAUCGUCCCGUUGAUAUCCCCCUUACGCCGCGGAAAAGAGACGCCCUGGAUGAGCCUGGUAAUACCAUGUGCAAUGUCAACUUUGGCAGACUUGAUGCUGAAUGGGUCUUCAAACCAUGCACGGCUUGCCCUAUUAAACGCCGUAUGGAGCACAAGUGCCUUUCACUUAGGAAAUAACUCAGUGGGUUUCCUUGAGCAAUGGACAGUCUCAGGAGGGAUCUACUUGGCACGGGCUCAAUACCAUUUCCAACGAUGCAUGGAAGAAAGCUGUAUUUCGGCGACGAAGGCGAGCAAAUACAAGGAGAUUCUCAUGGCAAUGCUGAGUCUUUCAAAUAUUUUUAUGAUAAAAGGAGACCCGGAGAUGCGCCGCGCCUAUCUCAUCCAAACAGAGAAACUCAUUUGUGUCAAGGGACUCAGCCAACCGGCGCUGUCAGCCAGCAAAAGAGCAUUGCACCACUGUUAUGCUUAUAUGCGCAUUAUGGCUGAGACAACAUGCAUUGCUGAUAGAUUGAGCAUCAAUCUGACGGGCACGAGCGGUACCUUGAACAACAACACAACAUAUGGAGGAGACUUCCGUGUCUACCCCAAUCUAAUAUUUUCGACAACCACAAUGAGCAUGGAAAAGGAUCCAGGGAUGGCCCAGCGUGACCUACAUCUUGCGAUACCCGGUCGAUGGAGCUCAACGUUAUUUCCCACGCUGUACGGAAUCGAUGAAAUAUUUCUCACGAUACUGUCUCAAGUGAUCCGCCUUGCCAACGAGCGAGAUUUGUCAAUGAUGUCUGAUGCAGCAGACAGUCGGCUCAGCCUGAAGGAAUUUUGGAUUCGAGCGAAGGGCCUGGAAAGGGCCAUCGAUCAUCUGCUCUCGACUUCAAAUACAAGCUGUGCUCAACCAUAUGAUGGAGGCCUCCCAGUAGUCAUGACUGUGACAGCUCAAGCGAUGUACACGGCAUUAUCAAUUUUCUUCCAUCGCCGAAUAUACGAAAUUGAUCCUAUAAUGCUCCAGGGUAAUGUCGCUGCAAUUAGGGGCUACCUCAUCCAGAUUCAACAAGAGGAAGGUGGCCAGAAGGAUAGUAACAAUGCUGCGCUGAUAUGGCCUGCUUUUAUCACUGCAUGUGAGGCUGUUAGUCCAGAGUUACAAGUGUUCUUCUCGUCAUGGUUUGAUAAUUGCGCUCGGACGACUGCCUUGGUUCAUGCAUCGGUGGCUAAAGGGAUAUUUGAGACAAUAUGGAACAAAAGGCGCGAUGUGAGCUCAUGUGGAGAAACGUAUAGCUGGCCAGAUAUUUUGCGGGAUGGGGAUAUCAAGUUUAUGUGCAUAUGA